CGCGCUUUCCUUUUUGAGAAAGUGCUCCGAAGAGGAGGGCGAUCCAAACCGAGCUGGGCUUCACGGGUCUCCGGGGCAGCAUCACCUUUGAAAGUUUGCAUUAGUUAUUUCCUGGAGUCUCCGAACCGUCACCGGGCCGGGGUUUGUUUACAUUUUGCGACCCAGGCGCGUGUACGGUUCGGCGCGCUCCAGCUUCCUUCCCAGGGAGGCUGGCGUGAAGGAGACUCGGUUCGGUACAAUAUAAUGUUACCCAGCCAGGUUGGAUCUGGGUCAGCAUCAGGUAGGGGCACUGCGGGACACGGUUCGGAGGUUGUCAGCGGCGGGAUCCGUCCCGUCUUGGUCCGAGCGGGGCUACCGGGGGACAGCGGCGGAGCUCGGCAGGGGGACGCCGCCGGGAUGCUCGGAGGCUCGCGAGGCGCCAGACCGGCGGGAAACGGGGCCGGGGUGAACCCGCUACACACCGCCGUCCAGGGCGGCAUGAUGGUGGGGCUGAACGCCGGCGUCGUGCUGCCCCACGGGGCCCGCUUCGACCCGGACCGAGACUGCGCUCCGAUGUGCAGCGGCUCGGACAACGACUCGGACUCCGGAGACGACGACGACCCGGUGGGUUCYCUCGGGGACAGCCGGAGAGGGGUGAAGCGGGAGCGGGUGGAGCUGGAGGCCGCCGUGGCGGGGCAGGAGGUGGGAGUCGCCCCCGGAGGAUACGGCAUGGUGUCCGGAGGAGUCGCCGGGGCCAAGCCGGGGAAGAAGACACGUGGGCGGGUAAAAAUAAAGAUGGAGUUCAUCGACAACAAGUUGAGACGGUACACCACCUUCAGCAAGAGGAAGACGGGCAUCAUGAAGAAGGCCUACGAGCUCUCCACGCUGACGGGAACCCAGGUCCUGCUGCUGGUCGCCAGCGAGACGGGCCACGUUUACACCUUCGCCACCCGCAAACUCCAGCCCAUGAUCACGAGCGAAACGGGCAAAGCUCUGAUCCAAACGUGCCUGAACUCGCCGGACUCGCCGCCCCGCACCGACCCCUCCAUGGACCAGCGCAUGAGCGCCACGGGCUUCGAGGAAACGGAUCUCACCUACCAGGUGUCCGAGUCCGAGAGCAUGGGCGACACCAAGGACACCCUGAAGCCGACGUUCACGGUGGCCAGCCUGCCGGGCACCACGAGCAGCGCCCCGUGCACGGCGCCCACCACGUCCACCACCAUGCAGGUGAGCAGCGGACCCUCGUUCCCCAUCACCAACUACCUGGCCCCCGUCUCGGCCAACAGCAACAUCAGCGCCAACGGAACCGUCCUGAAGACCYCCGGCGCCUCCGCCGGAGUCAUGCAGCUGCCCGGCGGCUUCACCUUCAUGCCGGCAGGGACUCCUCUCCCCCCCGGCACCCCCACCAUUCCUCUGAGCCAGCUGCAGCAGCACUCCCUGACCCUCCAGGGGCAGCAUGGUCAGACCCUGACCGCCGCCCCUCAGCCUCAGCAGGGACAGCAGGCCGUCUUCCGCUUCCCUGCUGCUGUCUCCCUCACAGGAGCAGGAGUCCCCCAGCAGCUGCAGACCAUUCAGGUCCACCCCAACACGCAGUCGGCCUCCAGCAGCGACAGCAGCCCGGAGAUCGCCCACACCUCCACCAACUCCACCGGUAGGUGUCAGCUCGUCMUCUGCACGAAGCUCCGCCUCCUUUCACAAAUCAAGCUAAGAGCACAGAUUUAAACAGGACAACAGUGUGCAGAAGAGAUUAUUCUAUAGAUUAGUUUUUCAGUUAGAAUAACAUUUACCCCCACCCUAAAACAAAAAAAAAACCCUAACCAUGUUCUCUAGGUGAGUCCAUUUCAAAUUAUUUUGUAGUUCAUCAUAAAUAUCUGUUUAAUUUAACUGAAUUAAAUUAAGUURAAUUUUUCAUGAUAUUAUAGGAACAGGUUGUUUAUAUUUAGAACCAUACUGAGACAGAACUG